CGGGGAAUUUACAUCAAUCAUUCACCAUUAUCUCUGUCAUUUCCGAUUAUUUGAAAAGAGAAAUUGAAGAUAAACGUUCUUAAUGCCAAACCUCCAAAGAAAUAGCACAUAACAUCAACCACUGUUCUGAAAACGAAACGUACUCCCUUUGCGUGGUCAUGAUUGCAAACAAUGGAACCAUGUGACGCUAGAACAGACCAAUCUGAACAGUCUCUGAAAUCUUAUAUUACCUAAUAUCCUUCUUGACUAAAAAUAAAAAUCCCUAUGCUGAUUUCAUAGAAUAAACAUUUUCAGAGCCUUCCUAUCAGGGCAAUCUUGAAAUGUAAAUUCGACAAGUGUCCAAAUAAAUUUUCUAAUGCACAUUCUCUGACCACCGUAUCAACCAAUCUGUCCACAACACCCGCCACAUGGAUUCCAUGAUAUGAUAAGUAAGGGACUUAAAUACCGGUCGCUAUUUCGACCGGUCCUCUCUCCAAAAAGACAUGACUGUGGAAUAGAGCUAGCUAGAGCUGGCUAGACUUGCUUUUGUAUGCGUUUCUAGAUUAUUAUUUUUUCAUAAAAUAAAUAUAUUCCAGUCAUGGUGCAGGACUACUUGUUAAAUUGCACGGGUAAAUAUCGUCUAGAAAUUACACAUUACAUUCAUUAUUUCGACCCUUAUAUUCUAGAAUUAGACACUAGAGCUGAAGGCGGUGGUUCGAUCCCCUGGCAGAGUCCUACCAAAAGAAGUACAAAGAUGCUACUUGUUACCCUGCGUGAUGCUCGUAGACUUAGAGUCAGUGUACUGUGUCUGCGUGGGAUAGCCAUGCUACACUGCAGCGAGGUAUCUCAGUGGGUUAGCACUAUGAAACCGGCAUAAGUCCGGACAAGUAACAGUCUCCACACACCCACGUCCAUGCACGUCGCUACGAGGAAAUUUACACAACUUUAAACCCCAUUUCACCUAUUAACCUGGAAUUAGAAACCACAUGUUACGUCGUCUAUUGUUAUUGGAGGUUCCAGAUUGUUGAUAGAUUGCGGAUUGCCGGGUUCAACUUUGCUUGAUGAAGCCUAAGUCACCUCGGCUGAGCGACACAAUCGGGCUCUCGGCUGAUGUAACCUCUAAGAUAUCUCACAAGAAGUACCCCAAGUUGAAGGAGGUAGAUGAUGUCCUUGGUGGAGGAGAGGCCUGGGAGAAUGUUGACUCUACAGCAGAUUUAGACCUACUCCUUGGCGACUAUACUGAUUAUGACAAAGAGCAACUGUCUGACGAAUGCUUCGAUGGAGACAACUACACUGACAGUCCAGUCUAUGACGAAGCUUCGUGGACUACUGGACCAAAACAGGCAAAAGAUCACAAGAAGGAAAACAAGAAAGCAAGAUAUGCUUGCCCACUGUGCCGAAAAACUUACAUGAGUAUCAGGGGCUUCCGUGGUCAUGUUACCAAGAAACACAACAGAUCAGAUAUUAAAGCACACGAACAUCGACUAGACUCUCCUGGUGGAAGCAACCCUCCAGAUUCAACCUGCACAGCAAACACACCAGUUCCCAUGUCAAAGAAAGCAGACAUGCAGGAUGCUCUGAAAGCUGUCUUGUCUAAGUCAAUAUCUACAGUUAUCUUGGAUCCAAUGAAUGACUCGUCGUGUUCCGUGAAUGGCCCACAUCUCAUUACCAUAGCCAAAGAAUGUAUUGACAAUCAAACAGUUCAGGAAAAACUUAUUUCAGUCCUUAUCCCAGAAUUUCAAGAAGUUUUUUUACAAGUUUGGACAUGGCUGUUCUCUUUCUGCUGAUAGAGAACAACUGUGGAUGAAAUUUCAUCAGAUGAGACUCAAGGAUGAAUUGCAGUCUGACCUGCACAGCAUUUUGGUGAAAGUGACAAGCGAGUCGCCGAGGAUUGUUCAUAUCUUUGCCCAAUGUCUUAUGGACCGCAUCAUGCAAAAUAUUCUGAAAUAUAUCUCAGAAGCACAAAAGAAAGAUUUUGAACAAACAGCAUCCACAAUCAGUGACAAUGACCAAGCAGUGUUGUUUUAUGUAUCAGGCUACAUUUUGCACGCUGUCUUAAAGAAGAAGGUGAUCUGUGGUACAGACAUAGACAUGCACGUGGGAGAAUGGUUUGCAUCUUCUGAUGAAAGUUCAAAGAGGGUGUACAAUGAGAAAUUUAGUAAGUGGACACAGAAAAUGAGCAGAGGUGGUCUGAAAUUCCCCAGUAACAAUUUCUACCUACUCGUGAGGUCAUUUGAGAUCGAGAUGAGGAAAAAGGUUGAACUUUCUCAGUUGUGUGCCUCGUCACUCCUAUGUGACAAACUUAAAGAAACCAUAAUGACAAAUUACAUGGUUUCGUACUAUUGGGACCAAUUAAUCUCCUGUGGUGAUUCAUUGAAACUGAAAAUGUUAGAGUUUAUUGUGAACUUGUUCCUACGUGUACGUGGGGGAGCUGUUGCUAAAUACUCUAGACGUCAGCUACAGAAGGAAAUGAAGGGUGGCAGGAAACACAAGGGCAUUAAAAGGAGCCGAUCUCUCAGGGGUGCGUUGAAGGAAUCCGGAAACUAAAAUAGAAGUGAACAAAUAAAGACAUGUUAUUGUUUUAA